AUGACAAAGCGACAAGCAGCUGAGGCUCUUGAUAGUAGCAAGAGGGACAUCAUGGGCCGAUGUGAUCUGCCGUUUGGUGGAAACACAGUUGUGUUUGGGGGAGACUUCAGACAAACGCUUCCUGAUGUUCGGAAUGGAACAAGGCCACAAAUAACAGAUGCGAUGCUACGUAGGCCUUACCUCUGCGAGAGUACGCAACAACUCAGACUUGUUCAUAAUAUGAGGGCUCAGAGCGAUCCAUGGUUUGUCGAGUAUCUUUUACGUGUAGAGAAUGUCAUCGAAGAUACUGUGGAUGACGGUUAUGAACAACUUUUGGAUGAGAUCUGCGUACUAUAUACCGACGCGGAUUCUGACAUUAACACACUUAUAGAAAGUGUUUUCUCAAUGCUAGGUGAAAACCUCUCGGAUGCAAACUACAUAGGAUAUCGGACAAUCCUGUUAACUUGGAAUGAGUACGUUGACAAGAUCAGUACGAGGAUGGUUGAGCGAUUCCCUAGGGAGGAGAUGAUAUAUCAUAGUUUUGAUCCACAUAACUACUACCUCGUGGAAUUCUUGAGUUCCUGA